CAUAUCCCAGCAGGCAUUGUGCCAACGGCAACGGUCAGCUUGGCUGCCGCCAUCUUUGGCAACUCCGUUUCCAGCUAGAUCACUUCUCCGGCUGAGGCGCUGACUGGGGCAUCUCUCCUGUCAUGCCUGCCACAAAGAAGCGAAGAUUAGCCGCAGGUAGUCAGAACAGAGUCGGUAGUGGGAUGGGCCGAGGCCCUGACUCAGUCAGGGGAAGACUAGGGACUGCAGAACGGCGUGCCAGGGGCGGCAGGAACGUAUCCCCUAGGGAUUUCCAAGCGGUAGUUCAAGCCGUUUGGGAGGAGGAGGAGGAGGAAGAAGUGCUGGAGGGCGCCCAGCCGAUCGAGAACUACUUCUGGAAUGUGCAGCCGAUAGAAGAGGAGGAUGAGGUAGAAGAGGAGGACAUUGAGAAUGAUGAGGAAAUGGAUGAAGAGGUGGACGACGAAGAGGAUGAGAUGGACUACGAAGAGGAUGACUAUGAGAGAGAUGAGGAGCGUGAGGAAUAUGAGGAGGAGGAGGAAGACAGCGAUGAGGAAGAAGAUGCGGGAUAUGUGGAUGAAGAAGAGGAGGAUGGUCCUCCUGAGGGCAGAGGACCAGAUGCUGCUGCUGAUUUUAAAUUGGAGUAUUUUUUCCGCAAACUUAAGAUCCCAAAGUCUGUACCAGGCUUCCCUAAAGAAGCAAAUGAAUAUCAGUACGAAAACUUUGAUGAAGAGGAAGAGAGAGAGGAUGGAAAUGACAAACCAGAAGAAAGACUCAAAGUGGAUAUGGUCUCAGCAGAGGGCCGCCCUGAAAAAUACAGUUGGAAAGCAUAGAAAAACACGGACGGGGAAAGAGAAGAUGAAUUUGUUUCCACGGGUGUUCAAGAUCUCAUUAACCCAAAAUACUAAUUUGUUUCAAAAUUUAUCUCCCCAACAUGAUACUAACAUCUGGUUUUAGUCUUACCUUUUACAAAUAUAUUUGGCGGCAUUGCUCAUGAUGAAAAUAAAAGCUUGUUUGAAAUCCAUAAA